AUGGACUCGUAUCACUCGUCCUCGUCCUCGUCCCACCACAACCUCACCUCGCAACUCUUCAACGUCUCCGCCAAUUUCGACGCCACCGUGCCCUCCCAUUCGGAGCAGCAACCGGCCCCACAGCCACCACUGCCGUCCCAAGGCCUGGCCCCGGCUGCCGUUCCGACCUCGGCGGUGAUCACCAAGCGCAAGAGUCCGAGUGGAUAUCUCGCCGCUGCGCCCGAAGAGUCCAUGCUCGACCCGUCCCUCGUACAAUCCUCCUCUUCGUCCGCAGCGAACAAGAAGCAAAAGCUAUCGACGAAUGGUGACCAUUCGCUCGGGCAAAUCGGGUACGGUCUCGACCUCCCCACAACCUCCGGCCUCAACGAAACGUCCUCCUCCUCGUCGUCGACAGAUCUACCGGUACUUGUCCCCGGAACUGGUGCCUCGGGCGUCCCUCUGACGAUGCAGGAUGGAAGCAUACAAGUCAACGACGACCCUCCCCACCAAUCACAAUUCGGCAAAACACCCAAGAAUGCUCGCCAACGCGUCUCGACUGUCAAAGCCGCCGAGCCCACUAGAGGCGCCUUUGCGAACGGCUCUCACCACUCGACGACCCCCGCUACUACUGGUGCUGCUGCAGCACCGAGCGGGAAAGUAACCAAGGGCAAAGGUCGACUAGCGGCCAAGUACGAGCAUGCUCGACCCGUGCCUCUUCCCGAGGACAUUCUCGUCGCUUCGGCGAUCCCCAUCAACCCGCUGAUGAACAAGGGCGAUAUCCCCGUCGCACCCGAGUUGACCUCCGUCUCGAAUUCUUUGGCUGAUCCGGUCGACAUUUCCGUCGAUGGUGCCGAUGCCGCCAAGCCGUCAAAGCCUACGUCCAAGGCCACGAAAUCGACCUCAGCUGCUGCGGAAGUGGCCGUCGAGCCCCCGACUGCUUCCACCUCUACGACCGCAACCAAACCUGCACCGGAGGCUUCGGAAUCAACUUCCGCUGAUGCCGAGGCUUCUACCUCAACUGAAGCGACUGCUUCGACUGCCAACGCCGUGGCCGGUUCAAGCAAAGCAGCGACCGAAGCCGCGACCGAAUCGCUCAUCACGCAAGAGGUUAUCGACGCCUCCAAGGUCGCGCCUGAUUCCGAGAAAGGUCGACUCGGCCAACAGCAUGCUUGCCCUUACGAAGGGUGCGACAAGUCGUUCGUUCGAAAGAGCGAUUUUUUGAGGCAUUACCGCAUUCAUACGGGCGAACGGCCAUUCACGUGCCCUGUGCCGGGGUGUGGAAAAACGUUUAUUCAGGUGAGGCGCAGACGGUGGGCCAACGUGCCCCCGUUCCAAAGCUGACGAGAUUUGGCUCUGUCCUUCUCUUGCUCUUAACAGCGCUCGGCUUUGACGGUCCACCUGCGCACGCACACCGGCGACAAGCCCCUCUCGUGCGACCUGUGCGGUCGAGCGUUCAGCGACUCAUCCUCGCUCGCUCGUCAUCGUCGCGUUCACUCCGGGGAGAAGCGCUUCCACUGCAAGCGGUGCAACCAACGUCAAUUUUCGCGCAAGAUCACCCUCAUUCGGCAUCUGGAGCUCUGUGAUGGUUCGGGCGAUAUGUGAGUUGUCUUCUCACUUCAUUGCUUGCGUAUGACCUCGGAAACUAAGCUGCGCUUCCGCGAUCUCACCAGUCGCAACCGAACAAGACCUGCCAAAAAAUCGCCGGCCAAGGCGCGCCCUUCAGUCGCUGGCACGGGGAGUUCGGCAGGCGAAGAAGACGAAUCGUACGAUGAGGAUCGUGAUGCGGAUGGAGAAGCCGAUUACGAGAACGAGGAAGAGUUCAACGCCGCCCUCGUACUUGCGGGUGGGAACGCACCUAAACGAGCAACGCCGUCAAAGUCGCCCACGGAAGGGGAGGAACCGCAAAGUGGGAGUGGAGAAGGUUCGGCUUCCGCUGCUGUGACGCCUUUGACCAAGACGAGAGCUGGGCGAGCCGCUGCAGCCGCAGCGUUCAAUGCUACCCCCGGAGCGAAACGUGAUGCACCACCCGUCAAGAGCCGAAAGACGCGCUCGAGUCUACCUGCAGCUGGUGCGGCUGGUCCUUCGUCACCUGUUACGACCCCAGCUGCUGCCCCUUCGACGGUCCCAAGAGCUGGACGAGGGGUUUCUCGGCCGAGGAAGUCGGGACCGUCUGCCAGCACUUCGAAUGGCAAGGGGAAAACCGUCGCCGCCGCUGCAGCACCAGAGCCGGAGCCUGAAGCUGAUACCGAAGUUGAAGCUGAAGCCGGAGCCGCGGAGGAGGAGCCCAAGGAAGUCGAAAUGAAGACGAGCCCGGCGCCGAAGGGGAACGAGGCCGCCCCGGUCGAGGAGGCCAAGGAGAAGGGUGAGGAAAAGGAGAUAGAGGCAGGCCCUACAUCAACCAAGGAGAAGCAGGAGACCGACACGACGACUGAAAAAGCAACAACGACCGCAACGACCGACGAAUGA